AGUUAGUGUAAGUGGGAAAAGUUUUUUUUUUUAUAGUCUUGUGAUUGAAAAGUAGGUACGCCCGAGUGUAUUAUAAGGUAUAAUAUUUUAUUUAUAGUGCUAUGCUCGUGAUACUCUGUACCGAGGUGAUCGUCUGUUGCCCAGCCAGAUUGCGCAAUUCCUAAGAGCGAGUUAGGCAUUUAUCAACUUAGGCGCUUCUCUUUGUUCUGAGCCUCGUUUUUAUUAUUGUUGCAUUUGCUCUCGACGGUUCAAGCUACUGAACUAUUCUAAUACGCCUACAUACACCAUCUUCGUAACCUUUAUACUCCCCCGCGCUCUUAUAGCUAUAGCGAUUUCCCCCAUUCAAAGCUCCUAGGACUCUCGGACAGACGCUUUGAGAAGAUGACGGGACAAAUGACUUCGACCGGCCGAGGCGGCGCCGGCAACAUCGCCGACGUCUCCAAAUCCCCUAGGAUCCAGCCGACUGACCUCGAGACUCCGACUCUGAAAACAUCCGUCGUCACCACCGGCCGUGGUGGCUCCGGUAACAUGGCGCCGAACAAGGAUCCCGUCGAGACGCGAGCACGCCAGGAUGUCGGACCUAUUGAGCGACGACCCAGCCAAGGCGCAACCCACGUCGGGCGCGGAGGAGCAGCUAACGUCGUGAGGCUGAAUAGCGAGGAGGCCGAGAUCUCAAAGACGAGCCUGGACGGUUCGGCUGCUGCCGGCGCUGAGGACCACCACGGCGGCAAGGGCCAUGCUAAUGGGUUGGCAGCUAAGGCCAAGGAGUUCUUCAAGAAGGUUUAGGCUGCCUUGAGAAGAAAGGCGAAGAAAAAGGGAUCUCGAAAGGAAAAUCCUCGAGAUGGUAUUGUUCAAGACGAGCGGAUCGAUGGGAUUGAGUUACGGGCCGAGGGGUAGGCGUAUUGCAAGUUGUGUGUUUCGUUUUGUUUUGUUUUGCUUUGCUUUGCUUUCUUAUUCCGAUAUACCACGACGAUGGUGCCGGUGUGGGCGAGCAUGGAGUUACGGGUUGUCUUUUUUUAUGUUAUGGAAUAAAAGGAGGACGGAUGGUGGGCUAUGAGAAUGGAAACCGGUUGUGGUAUUAGAGAGAGGGCAUUGGCAAUCACGCAGCGUCAGGGGUCACGAUGAUACCAAAACUUACAAGUUAGGUACUUAGGCAUAAUAAACAAGUGUUACACGAUGA